AUCAUUAUUGCUGCGAAACGAGGAACCAACCAACACCGCAUGAUGUGAUUCAAACUAAGUUAAAAACCUCGAGUAUCUCCAAGCUCAUGCGCUAGCACUCUUGCGGAGAGUAUAAACGAGUCAAGAUGGCACCGAUUGAGCUGAAUUCGGUUAUUGCAACACUCGUCUGCGGAGCGGUGGCAGCCUAUGUACUUGCAUGGAGUCUUCUGCAUCUCACACAGGGCAGAGAUGAGCCUCCCGUGCUGCUGACCUCUGUUCCCUUCAUGAGCCCUAUACUAGGCAUGAUUCAAUGGAGCAAAGACUUCUACUCCCACAUGCGGGAGCAAAACCAAGACCUACCAAUUUAUACCCUCCGACUCCCCGGGGUCCGCAUCUAUGCGAUCAACUCAUUGGACCUCAUCCCUGCGGUACAGCGCCAGUGGCGGAAGCUGAUCUUUGCACCGAUCCAAGUCAAAGCGGCAAAGGCGGCCAUGGGCGCAAGCAAAGAGGCCCUAGGCAUCAUGGAGCGCGACUUGGUGACUGAGCAGGGCUUCAUGGGCGGGAUGGUCAAGGCCACGCAUCCCACUAUGAGCAGCGGACCGGCAUUGGACACCCUGAAUACGAGUUCAUUCGAAGUUUUCGACAAGGCAAUGAAGCAGCUAUCUACGCCCACGACUGUCAACAUGUACGACUGGAUCAGCAGGCUCAUAAUGCAGGCGACCACGGAGGCGAUAUAUGGUCCGUCUAAUCCGAUGAGAAAUAGACGUAACCUCGACGCCUGGUCCAAAUUUCACCCAGCACUGAUGUAUAUCAUGCUGGAUGUUCUGCCGCAAGGCGUCUUUUUCGGAGAAGCUGUGCAAGCCCGGGGUGAUCUAGUCAAGGCGUUCAAGAAAUACUACGUCGAAGGCAGUUACAGGCAAGGCUCCGCAUAUAUCCAGAAGUUCACAGAGCACUGCAUUAGCCAGGAGAUACCGGAAGACGACAUCCCUCGGCUGCUGGUCGGUACUGUCUUUAACAACGUGGCAAACACCAUCCCUACCGCCUUCUGGGUGAUCUACCGCAUCUUCAGCGACCCAGACACACUAGAAGAAUGCAGGCGAGAGGUCAACCAGGCAGUCCGGCCAAGCGAUAAAGACAAGGCAUCUGAGUCAGUACUAGACCUGAGCCUCGUGCUGAAUUCAUGCCCAACGCUGCUUUCCACCUACCACGAGGUCUUUCGCUUCCACGGGAUGGCCAACUCAGUACGUGUCGUCAGCGAGGACUGCGCGCUGCAGGGUAGCGAGAGCAACCGCGUGUACCGCCUCCGCAAGGGCGGCCUGGUGAUGAUGUCCGCCCGGGCGCAGCACAGCAACCCGGACGUGUGGGGCCCCGACGUGGACGAGUUCCGCCACGACCGCUUCCUCAAGCAGCAGGGCCGGCCGCGGCCGAACCCCGUCGCGUUCCGGGGUUUUGGUGGCGGCACGACGCUGUGCCCCGGCCGGCACUUUGCCACGGCGGAAAUCCUGAUGCUGGCGGCGAUGCUUCUGCUUCGGUUCGACGUCCAUCCUGCGGGUGGGGAGUGGGAUGAUCCCACGACGGAAAAGUCGUCGCAGGCUGAGGCUGUAGAGCAGCCUGAUGAUGAUAUCGAGAUCGUGCUUGCGCCGCGGCCCGAGGCAGCUGGCAAGACGUGGCGUGUUGAGUCGUCGGGACGCCGGGAUGCUGAGCUCUUGGUCCAGAAGUGAUUCGGUGCUACGUCUGUUUGCAAAGGUCUCAUUAUUAGGUACGUUAUUAUAUCAGCCUCGGUGAAGACUUAAAUUGGAUAUAUUUUGUCACGGACUCCGUGAUUCUCGAACUUGCUCCUUUCUGUGCAGGGUACCUAUUUCAGUAGGUAAAUACAAAUGGUAAUC